ACAGAGACCUUGCAUAUGAGACCGUGGGACUACAGAUGUCUACAUUCGAGCUUCCCCGGCCAAGGGUGUAUUCCGUGGGAUCCGCCAGUGACUAUGGAGCCCAAAUGCUCAGCCAUGACUUUAUCAAAAGACUCGCACGAGAACUGGUAUUCAAUAUUGGUGGGCAUCGAGUCUAUGGUAUGGCUUUCAGCAACUGGGCAAUGCUGAUGUCCCUCCAUAAGUGUGCACACACCAUGUGCUACGGGACCCUCCGCCUGCGCUGUCUCGUGGGUGCUACGGUGAGAUGGUGGUCAAGAGAGUUGGGGAAAAGAAGAAGAAAAGACGAGGUGCGAGGCCUUUUAUAUGUUCACGUCCCAGGUACCUUCCCAAAAUGGACGGCCGUUUGCUCCUGCCUUUUUUACACUUGA